AUGUCUGCAGCUCAGAAUUUUGGAACAGCCCUUUCACUUCGUAUUUUACUGGGAUCAGCUCAAUCAUUCGUACAAGGCAUCAGCUUGUACUCCAGUCUUUGGUAUAAGCGAGAUGAGAUUGCUACAAGGGGAGAACUAAACUUGUUCACUGCUUUGAUCUAUUGGGCUGCCACGUUCUCUGGAGCUUUCAGCGGCCUCAGAGCCUACGGAGCCGGUGAAAAUCUCACCUUGGACGACACGGGUAAAGAGAGCUGGAGAUGGCUGUUCGUAAUAGAGGGAAGCAUCGCUAUGACCGCCGGAGUCGCAAUCUGGGUUUUAUUGCCAAAAUUCACCGACAGUAUGAAGACUAAACACUGGCUCUUCACACCUGCUGAAAUUGAAAUUGCCAGAUCCAGAAGCGCCUCGUACAACACCACCGACUUCAAAAUAGACUUUAAACAGAUCUUGAUGACCCUCUUGGAGUCCAAAAGUUGGGGUUUUGCAUUCAUGAAUGCUGGAAUUGGAUAUGGGAUAUCAUCAGUAGGCUAUUUCCUGCCAACUUUUAUUCAUGAGCUGGGGUUCUCCCCUGUCCGGACUCAAUUGUUUACCGUAAUCUCUUACGCUUGUACCUGUACUACACUUUUCAUUGCAAUAAUCUCGGAUCGACUCAACAAAAAGGGCGUCUUUCUUAUUGGCACUCUCUCGCUAAGCUGCAUCGGCUAUGCUAUGUUGCUAUCCAAUGUCUCUAUGGCUAGGAAGAUCGCCGCGGCCUGUAUCGCGACCACUGGCCUAUAUCCUUCUAUCAUCCUUCUCAAUGCGUGGCUUCUCUCGAAUACCUGCGGCUACACGAAGCGAGCAACCGCUUGGGCAUUGGCGGAGGUAUUCGGGCCUUGCUUCUCGAUCUUAGGGUCCCACGUUUAUGACACUUCACCGAGGUUCAUCAAAGGCCACGCCAUCGCGCUGGGGCUUUUACUUUCAGGACUUAUCACAUGCUGUCUUUCGAUAUUUUGGAUGCAUUCCGCCAAUAAGAAGAAAGAUAACGAAUUGAGGGAGUUCGAGGAGAGAGGAGAGUCGCAUCCGCAUAGAACGAAGAGCUUGGAAGAAGUCCAAGAUUACCAUAUCGAUUUCCGAUAUAUCCUCUACUUGAAGAGGGAAAGUGUCAAGCUAUCUGUAGAUGUUCUAGCUCAUACUACGUUUGCCAAGGGGAAGGCUUUCCUAUCUCCACAGCGCGGCUAG